AUGAGCUCGCAAAACACUCCCAUUCCGUCCCGAGUUCCCCUUGCGGUCCCUCGUCCAGGAACCGCGCCGAUACUACCGGAGCCUGCUUUGGCCACUGGGUACACCAUGCCUGACCACAUCCGACGGCCCAGCACUACAGGGGUGGAUUUCGGCCGCAGAGCACCGCCCGGCGGAAGCUACGUGAUCGUGGAGUCGUCUUCAGGACCUCAUCACUCCAGCCCGGUGACCCUUGCGGUCUCCCGCGACUCCAAGUGGGCGGCAAAUGGCUACCAGGACGGAAAGAUCAUCGUGUGGACUAUCAGUCGUCCGACGGAAGUCUACGUACAAUGGGACACCGAAUCCACCGUUCACGCGCUCGCCUUCUCCCCCAAAGGGGACUGUCUUGCGUCCGUGCAUGAGGACGGUAGCAUCCAGAUAUUUUCGGUCACUGGAUACAAGCACAAUCACUCGGGCAAGGAAGAGAAAACGAAGCUUGAGGAGGGGUCAGAGAAACUCUAUCCUAGCCCUACUGGCCCUACCGACCAUAGCCCCACCGACCCUACCGUUGACGAAGAUCAGUGUUGCAAUUCGAAGUCCCCGAUUCCGCCAUUGUGCGCGGUGGACUGGGCCCCCAACGGUCUCAGAAUUGCAGCGUGUUCCGAGGAGUUCCUAUAUAUCUGGGACCUCAAUACCCUUGAGCACGACUUCAAGUUCUCGAAACCGACCGAGGCAAUCCCACACCCGGGCCUCACCUUCGUCACUUUCUCCCCGGACAGCCGUCUGCUCGCAUACGGAGGGGCGCGUAAUCAAUACUACGUCCGCGACUUCGAGCGCAACGGAGUCCGAGCAGCUCCCCAAUGCAUCUGGGAGCCCGAAUUCGAACGCACGAUCAUCGACGCCGCGCUCGACGCGAAGGGAGAGCAUCUCAUAGCCCUCUCUGACGACAACACCGUGCGCAUCUGGGACAUCCGCGACCGGCACACACUCAAAAUGCAGUACACCAUGCCCGACGGCGAGGUGUUGGCCAUCUCGUUCUCGCACAACGGGACGGCCAUGCUAGUCGCGUCGCACGAUGAUUACCGGAAGGCAUUUUUCAGCGAGUGGAACGUGUCGGACUCGCUCGUGAACGCCCCCCGCUACCGCCUGCUCCAUGGCCCAAGGACCAAGGCCGAUACCCGGGCCGCAGCUGUUAUUAGUCGCGCACGCUUCUCUCCAGACGGAAGCUUCAUCGUCUCUGGUGCGUGGGACGGUACUGUGAAACUUUGGGGGAUGUCGUUUGUAUACGUGCCUGCUACGAGCCUCGGGGAGUAG